UUCUCUGUCACUGAUGAUGCGGUAAACUGAGUAGUUUACCUAGGUCAGGAAGUAGCGUGGAAGGUACUGGGGAAAUGUUUGGGCUAUGUUGUAGCUUUAAAAAGAGAUGUGGGACAAACCAUAGGGUUGAAGGAGCACUAAGAACUGAUUGUGCUCUGCUUUCAUAUAUGCUAAAGUUAGAAGGAAGCUAGAAUGGAAACACUUGUUUUUCUGUUUCCUCAAUUGAACUUUUUUGCCCCAAAAGAGGAAGCAUAUUUCAAAAUGCUCUGUCCUGAGGACUUGUUGGCACCGAGAAUGAAAGCUAGUAAUUUCAGAUUGAAAGACAAGAAGAGCCGACUGAGCCUUCUGCUGACCAAGUCAGGCUCCCAUGAAAACAUCAGUCCAGAAAAAAAGACAGCCACCACCAACAACAACAUCUCACCAGAGGCAGCAUUGAGAUGGAGGGACUCCUUUGAAGAUCUGAUCAGACAUUCAGACGGAGUGGAGUCGUUCUCUCAGUUCCUCAGGACAGAGUUCAGUGAGGAGAACAUUGAGUUCUGGUUGGCCUGUGAGGAGUACAAGACCAUCGACUCGGAAAUCCGGCUCAUCUCCAAAGCCAAGCACAUGUAUUCUGUCUUCAUUGAAGCCGAGGCCCCAAAAGAGGUCAACAUCGACUAUGCCUCCAAGGUGGCCAUCCAGAAGACCAUGGCUUCGCCGACGAAUACCUGCUUCGAUGCGGCGCAGAGCAAAGUCUACAGCCUGAUGAAAAAAGACUGCUACCCAAGGUUCCUCACGUCAGACAUCUACCUGCACCUCACCAAGAGAAAAGGCCCUGGGACCACCAUGUACCGCCGGAGGUCACGGUCCUGUGUUUUCAAUGAGCCGCGAGGGGAGGCCACCAGCGACUCCUCUGACUGGUUGUAGCAUCGUAAGCCGAGAGUAGCACAAUACACACACUCACACACACAGACACACACACAGACACACACACACACACACACACACACACAGACACACACGCACCCUUCCAAAUUCCCUUGCAGUGCAAUGCCUGUCGCUGACUAGUUGUGUGAUUGUGGAAAGCUGUACCUUUUUAAUGAGAGACUUUCUGAAGAGAUUUGACUUUACAGCUAUCAAUUAAAAUGUUCCCCAUCUAGACAGCAAACAUGAACAGACUGUGUAAGAAUACUAAUAUGCAAUAUUCAUCUUGUUUACCGUUAAAUGUCUUGCCACUGCUUGUAUUAAUUCAAUAAUUUAUUAUAAUAAUAUGUUAUGUUGGCUUUUAGUUGUAAAUUGUAUAUAUUGUCUGGAGAGUAAUUAUUGGAAUAAACAACAUAUAAUAUAAA